AUGUAUGCCGAUAUGAUUUGUGAUGUUAUGCCCCCCAUACCUGAAGAUGGCGGUGGUAAUGGUUCCAAUGCUGAAGGUAAUGGAUCAGAUAAUGGUGAAGAAGCUGAAGCUAAUAUUGAACAGUUAAUGGUAUCAAUGCUUGAAGAACGUGAUAAAUUACAAGAAAAAUUACGUGAAACCGAAGACAUAUUAAAUACAUCACAACAAAAAUUGACUGAAACCGAAAAAGAACGCGAUAUUCUAUUACGUCAAUUAUCACUUAAUGCUCCACAGUGCAUUGCAGUAGCUGAAGUUGCCUAUAUAAGUCAAAAAUUACCAACGGAUAAUUGA